UGGGCCCACACCGGAGCGCCCCUAGGGCAGACCCUUGCAUGCCGACACAACACAACAAACCCCACGAGGGCCACAACUCAGUCCGGCUUACACUCGCUUGUAAGUCGCACGCCGACCGCGCUCCGAUUUUCGAGCGACUUUCUCCUAAACGUGCAGUGUGAAAUCAGUGAUGGAUUUGUCCUGUGAAGAGAACAUGCAGGUGUCUGCUGGAAGCACGGGUCGGGACAUGUGCGUCGCAGGUCCCGACCGAGCGCUGGACCGGGACCCCAGGCUCCUGGGGAACCUGCUGGCGCUGGAGAGGUUCCACGCGCUCCACACGGACUAUUUCCAGCAUGUACAGAUCGACAUUCAGCCCUUCAUGAGGAAGGUUGUCACCACUUGGAUGCUCGAGGUUUGCGAAGAGCAACAAUGUGAAGAGCAAGUGUUCCCGCUGGCAGUGAGCUACAUGGACCGAUUCCUGGCGCAGCGCGCCAUCUCGCGGCAGCAGCUACAGCUGCUGGCCGCCACCGCAAUGCUGCUCGCCUCCAAGUUCCGCCAGUGCCACCCGCUCUCGGUGGACCUGCUCUGUGCUUACACUGACAACUCAGUUCAACCUCACGAAGUUCGGCAAUGGGAAAUGUUGCUGCUGCAGCGGCUGAACUGGCAGCUGUCCAUCGCGACCGCGUUUGACUUCAUCGAGCCGUUCCUGGCGCGGGUGCCGUGGGGCCGCGCCAACCCUUUAGUGCGCACACAUGCCCUAACACUCACAUCCGUGUGCUAUACUGAAACCGAGUUUCUCCUGGUGCCGCCCUCCCUGAUCGCGGUGGCGUGCAUCACGGCGGCAGCGCGUGGUCUUCGCGUGCGUGGGUCCGUCAGUGAGCUGUGCGCGCUCACGCACACGUCCGCCGCCGCCGCCGAGCUGGUGGCGCGCCACGUGGAGCGCGUGCUGGCGCGCGAGACCCAGCCGCAGGAUCCCCGCCCGCGCCCUGCGCCGCUCGUCAAACAGCCCACCGACACCACCCAGCUGCCCAACACCCCCACAGAUGUCCAGGACGUACAUUUCUGACCUCCUGCCGCCAACUAGCGGGCUUAAUCACAAAAUCGGUCUCAGUUUCGCGGUUUACGAAACAUUAUUUCUGAUCCCUUUACUAGUUCUA